AUGCGCCUCUUUAGCAAGUUUCACGCCGUAUGCGCCUUGGCGAUAUGCAGUAUCCUGCUUUCGGCCUCGUUUCUCGCCUCUCAACACUAUUAUCGACGGGUGGUGGCCGAUAAUGAUGAGCCAUCGGCCAAGCUUCAACCGACGGCGUCAUUCGACCGCCGACUAGUUGUCUUCGGCGAUUCUUGGAGCGACAACAAUGCCGCUGAGAUUCAUCAAGGGUCCGUUUGGACCGAAUGGUUGUGUUCCUCGUUUUCAUGUCACCAUGAGAACCUGGCCGAAACCGCCAAGUCCUUGAGUGGAAAUUACAUUGGCUCGGUCGUAGAUAACACGGAGCUCUCGGGCUCGCUACUCAACCUAUACAAGUCGCCCCUGGCCGACUUGAAAGCGCAGGUCGGCCAUUGGUUGGCGGCCGAGACAGAAGCCAUGCAGGCGAUGAGCGCAGAAGCGAUCGGCACCCGUCAGAACCGGACCAUUGUCAUCCUCUCCUUUGGCGUGUGGGACUUGUGGAAUGUUGUCGGCAAGACAUACAAAGAGGCGACCCACUCGAUCGACCACACGCUGGACGUGAUCAUGGAUCAGCUCAAUCUGCUGGCGGAGCUUUGGGGCAACAACGAUUUGAAACUCAUCCUGACCUUGACCCCGGAUGUGACCCUCUUGCCGGCCUUCCGGGCCCAGGCCGAACAACAUCAGGCCAAACAGAAAGACGCCAUCAGCAUGUCCGACUACUGGAACAUCCACCUGCGCGAGAGAGCCGAUGGAUGGGGCAAUGGCACGAUCUACCUGUUCGAUACGAAUGCGUUCCUUGCCGACCAGAUCCGCGACUGGCAGCUCUUCGUGGUUGGGAUCGAGGAAACCAACGGGCUGGGCAAGAACGAGGACCCUGGCUGGGAAAAUGUAGACGAUGCCUGCGUCCAGAGCAGCCAGCAGUGGAUGGUGACAUCAGAGACGAAACAGUGUGACCGUCCCGAGAAGUUUCUGUUUUGGAACGAAAUGCAUCUGGGCCCGUCCGCGCACCGACUUUUGGCUUUCAUCCUGUACCGUCAGCACUGGCAAGCAUCAGUCGUGGCCCAACACCCGGGGCUUGCCAACCCUGAGAUCUCCAAGAUCAUUGGAGAGCAGUGGAGAAAACUGCCUCAGGAGACGAAAGACACAUGGAAGGCUCUAGCAGAGGAAGAGAAAGCCCGCCAUCAGCAGCAAUAUCCGGAGUACAGAUAUCAGCCUCGUCGCUACGGCCGGGAUGGGAGUUCCCGUAACGCCAGCUCUGGCAUCAGCCAUAACCCGCCCGGCUCCACAGUCUGCAGCCGAUGCGGUGGCCGAGUUAUGAACCCGCCCGUAUCACCGGACGCGCCGCCUUUCACGCCCAGCACGUCGGGUUUCAAUGGCAUCACCUCCCAGAUUGAGACCGUCACCGUGCGCAGCAGCCAGGGUCGGUCAAAGGACAUGGAUCGAGCCCCAGGGGUGAUUCGCAUUGCGCCAACCGGGGAAUCACAGUCGCCUCGGCAGCGUCAUUUCGAGGAGAGUGGCAGUCGGUCUCCCGACAACAAGCGUCGCCGCUACAAUCCGCAGAUCCCAUUCAAGAACAACAUCCAGCGCGACCGGAGCCCUGACUCCCCGUACCCCGUCUCCCCGUAUACACCUCACUCGACUGUCGCAGACACCAGGGGCUUUCUUCCGUUGGCCCCACCGCAGAGACCCAUUCGAAAUGUCAAGGAGUUUACUCCACCGGAUCCGAGCCUCAAGCUCCCGCCCCUGCAAACCACCGCCGUCCCUCCGCAAGCAGGAGCCAUGACCCCGAUGACCCCCUUCGCUCGGGACGGGUCCACCCUCGAGGCUACGGUGAUGACGAUCCCAUUUCUCAACAAGAUCAAGGUCCUCGCCAAGAUAUCGCCGCCUCUCGCACCGCCCUACCACGGCAACACUGCGCCACGACGGGGGCCCGUGAUCGCGAUAGAUGGCCAGGAUCCGGCUCUGGUCAAGGCCAUGGUGGAGCACCUCAACAACAGCCUGCAGAAGGAAGGGCGAUAUCGAACCAGCACCUUCACAGGACCGGAGGUCGACCCGCGCAAGAGCUACUCGGAUUCGGGGCAGAUGGGGGAUGCCACGGUCGACUACCUCAACAUUAUCUCCGAAUGGCACCGCAUCUCCGACCGGAUCAUCGACUUCGUCAAACCCACGCGGGAGACGUCCGAGCCCAAAGCCGUCGACGAGGAGCACCUCACCGGCGUCUCACCUCGGACAAUCAUACCCAAGACCGCCGAGAUGCAGAUCAACUCGCCGGAACAACAGCAGCGGGAGGACGCAUCCCCGUCGGCACCCUCAGCCGAGCCCAACACCGACCGGGUGCCCGUCGCGCUUAUCCCGCGGUAUCAACUGACCACAGCGGAUGCAUUUGCAUGCUCCGUGCAGAUCGGCGACUCGUACGCCCCGCUGGACCAUUGGCAGUGGAUGGCGUCCCUGUGGCGCGCAUGCGUGGGGCCGGACAUCACGGUCUACAUCCGCGAGUGCGAGAAGGAGGAGCUGGACCGCUACGGGGGCAACCCCGUUGAGGUUCGUCUGCAGGACGCGCGGACGAUCGUGGUGCGCCGUGCCGCAUCUUCUUCGCGGGAAAUGGAGGAGAAGAUCAUGAAAAGAGUGAGCUUUGAGAUUGAGGACUUCCUCACACAGUGA